AUGAACGAGAGCAUGAGGAAGAAGUUUAUCGAGCUCUUAAAUAUAUAUGGGUCUGAUUUUGACAUGAUAGCAAAUACAGAUGAACUGGGCGGAAUGACCAGUGAAGUACUGUGUUCCAAGUACCCGGAAAUCCUUGACACCUACUUUUCGAUGAACACUGAGCUCAACCAGGAGGAAAUCGACUGGCUGCAGAUCAAGGAGAUCUACUACAUGAAUGAAAGAUUCUACUUCGAUGUCCUGGUGGGGGAGCUUGGGGGAUCGCAUGUAAUCAAGAAUGGAAGGGAUCUGGAGGUGGGGAAGGAGCUGGUACUACUCCUCAAGGACUACGAGUUCAUGCUGCUAUCAAAACUGAGCAUUCUUGAUAGGCUCUAUAAGAGCCUGUACAGAGACGGGAUGCUGAGUGAAGACCUGAGUAGGAGGAUCUGCAUACCUAAGUCUUCGGAGGAAAGAAGCAGAAGAGCCAGGUCUCCACCGCAUGUGGAGGAGCCUACGGCUAAGAAGAAACCUGCCAACAUAGCGAUUGUGGUUAAAAACAUCCAGGAGUCAACCAAGGAUGUGGAGGACAAGGAUAAGGACGGCACAAAGGCCGGAAGUGCAAAAGAUUCUAUAGAGAGCUCUCCCAAGGAGGCCCAGGGCGAUGCUGCGGACUCCUCGCUGGACCAGCAGGUCACAAAGAAAGACAACACAGCGGGGCUUGACUAUUCUGCAAUUCUCAGGCUUUCACGGGAGCAGAAGAAAUGA